ACCCUUUUCCGUUCAUCUUUGACCUUUGACGUUCUCGCUCCUCGCAAUCCGGACCGGGCUGACCUUGCACCAUGCACCUCAUGUACUACCUGGAGAACGGCAAGCGGGUCUACACGCUCAAGAAAGCGAAUCCCGCCGGCAACCUGACAGAGUCGGCACACCCAGCACGCUUCUCCCCAGACGACAAGUUCUCUGGUGCAAGAGUAGCGAACAAGGCUCGAUUCGGGGUGCUGCCUACCCAGCAGCCGCCGAUCAUUCUCUGAUUUGCCCUCUCUCUCUCUCUCUCUCUCUCGCAUGAGAUGGAUCUGAUUGGUUGGGCGAGAGGCCGUUUCGGAGCCAAACGUAGAAUGUUGCGAAAAGUUUUGUCCAAAGGGUGGGGGGUUGUGUAUAGCGUUUAGUGUAGUAACAGGUUCGGAGGCGUUUUUGAUGUUGUUUUGUGUGAUUGGGUUUUUGCCAGGUCUUCUGUUCCCUUGCCCUUAGUGCCUCUUUUCCGUCGAUUUCCCUGAGCGUUUGGCCUGUCCGGUGCUCCCGCGACGGCUGGGGAUGACGCAAAGGCACGAUUCGGGGCUGUGUGGACAUCCAUCUUUUGAACACACGGCGGCACUUGCGAUGAUUAUGGUUCCUACAACGCUUUUGAUGCAUGGGUCGACCAAAUGCAAGAACCGUCUUGUUUUUUUUCACGAAGGCAAGGUGCAGGACAGUAGUGCGUAGAUGUAUCUGUUGAGCGCACGAUGGCACUGACCAUGGUGUGAUGCAGGGUCCUCGAAACGCGAGAAGUCUGUGUUUUGUGCCGCAAGGGCAAAAGGUGCAUGGCUGUGUGUACUACUUAUGGUGACUACUCUAAGGGCAGCCAGCCGUAAUUGUUGUCUGUCAUGCUUGAUGCUGGUAGCGGCGAGAAAUGGGUGCUCUAGCGAGAGUGGGAAGCUGCAGGUUGCGUGUUUGUCUGUUGACCGCGGAUUUCACAUCCAGCCAGCUUGAUCCACGAAAGGAAGCCCAGGAUGUGUGUUUUCAAGUUGUCUC